CGGCGGACACACACACCGAGAAGGCGAGAACAGCGACGAACAGAGCAGAGGAGACGCGAGACGAGCACGGCAGCACCAGCAGCAGCGCGUCCGUCCGUCCGUCCUGUCGCAGCGCCAUUAACUCCUCCUUCCUCUUCCCCGGCAAUUAAUGCCGCCAACCACCCCUGCCCAAAACCUAGACCCACGACAAAUACCCCAACAAUCUUCCCCUUCUACCCUCCCCUCCCACCGUCCCCGCGCCAUGCCAUUCCGCCCCACCGUCCUCUCCCCGCCGCCGCCGCCGCCGCCGACGCCGCAAUGUCCUUCGUCGACUCCCUCUCCAACCUCGGCCUCGGCGCCGCCAUCGCCAUCGCGCUCGCCUUCCUCGUCCUCCUCGCCGCGCUCCUCCUCGCCUCCCACUUCUGCCUCCGCCGCCGCAACCGCAACCACCACCCCAACCCCAACCACCACCAACACCCCGCCUCCUCCGCCUCCAGCUCCGGCCACAUCUCCAUCACCGUCCCGCGCUUCCUCUUCGUCGCCGACGACGACUCCCCAGGCAGCUCCUCCCGCGCCGGCGCCGCCCCCGUCGGCCUCGACCCCGCCGUGAUCGCCUCCUACCCCAAGGCGCCCUUCUCCCGCGCCGCCUCUAACGCCGACGCCUCCAACGAGACCGCCUGCCCCAUCUGCCUCUGCGAGUACCGCGACGGCGAGAUGCAGCGGGCAAUGCCCGACUGCCGCCACCGCUUCCACCUCAUGUGCCUCGACGCCUGGCUGCGCCGCAGCGCCUCAUGCCCCGUCUGCCGCUCCUCGCCCAUCCCCACCCCCGUCUCCACCCCGCUCGCCACCCCGCUCUCAGAGCUCGUCCCGCUCUCGCAGUACGCCGCGGACCGGCGCCGGCACAGGUGACCACAGGAGAUUCAUUGCUCAGCAUCAUCCCGCCCUAUUAUAUUUAUUCGUCUCUAGCACCGAAGCAUUGGAUCACUGGAAAAAUGCCUAUCAUAUAUUUAGUUGGUCAGGAGAGGUUUGACUAGUCUCAUCGAGUGUUAGUACGUAGGAUCGUCGAAUUGUUCAGCUAGCACAAAGUUUUGCUCGGUAUGGUAGCACUAGUUCCUGGAACCAAGGCAGAGAGUCAAUGUACAUACAUUAUUCCUUCCUUCUAAUAUAGCCUCUCAACUGAUGUUACCUGUGGCCAUAGAGUACAUGUAUCUCAUCCAUCAGUAUCUGAACAACUGUAUUCCAAUUAUAUGAUUGACAAAUUGCAUUCUCUAUUACUA